AUGUUUAAUGAAGUGUGUGAUGCAAUUAAUACGGUCGAUACAUAUUUUGAUGAUUAUCUGAAAGAAACGGGAGAACAUACUUAUGGAAGUUUAUUAAAUAAAUUAUUCUCUUAUGAUAACUGUAGUAAUGAUGACCCAAAACUUGUCUCUGAGUUUAUAACAUUGCUAACUUUAUUUAAUGGUAUUGAUAGUGAUAAACUUGUUGAAUACGCUAUUUUAUGGUUAAGUUAUAAACUAAAUCAAAAAAAAGAAAAUGAAACGACCAAAUUAUACGAUUUUUAUACCGAACAUAUAGAAACAAAUAGUUGUUAUAAGGAGAAUAUAGGUACUGAUAGUAAGAUUAAAAAGGAUGAUAUAUGUAAAAAAAUAAAAUCGAUGAAUAUUGAUAUUAAAGAUAUAUCUAAUUUUUAUGAUGCAUUUAAAUCAUUAUGUAACAUGUAUAGUGAAAUUAUUGCAGAAGAUUACCAAUGCAAUAAAUGUUUAGAAAAUGCUGGAGAAUUUUUUGAAAAAUGUGAAAAAGUUAAAAAUGCUUUUGAUAUUAAUAAAGGAAGUUCUUAUUUACAACUAUGGUCUAGUUUAUCAAGUGAUUAUUAUAAAUUUAAAGAGAAAUAUAAUAGUCUUGUAUGUAUUGAUUCCUCAUCACUUGUAGCUUGUCCACGAAGUUCAGUAACAAAAAACAUAAUAAUUCCAAUUGCAAUUAUAUUUGUUGCAGCAUCAAUUUUAUUGGGAAUUUCUUAUAAGUAUUCGUUAUUUGGAUUUCGGAAACGAUCUCAAAAACAACAUUUAAGAGAAAAGCUAAAAAAAUAA